CGACAUAUCUCCCCAGGCCACGAGGUCUCUGGACGAUCCUCUGCCUCGUGGUAGUAUCAACAUGGAUACAAAUACUCCGGGUUACGUUCAAUCUCUUGGAGUCUCAUUGUUGGACGUUAUCGACGCAGGUACAUUGGAAACAUCGUCGACAACGCCCACUACGGAUGGAACACGCGCGUCAUACGAACCCUCGCAAGCCGAGGCAGAGGAAUUUCUUGCAAGUUUCCGGACGUACAAAUCAAGAUGCUUUCCCUUUGUCCACAUUCCCUCCACUACCACUGCUAGCCAUCUUAAGCAAGAACGUCCGUUUCUGUGGCUUUGUAUCAUGUCAAUCGCCUCGAAAUCAACUUCACAGCAACGGUUACUGGGCUCAAGAAUACGACAUCUCAUCGCACAGGAAGUGGUUGUUCAGUUGAAUAGGAACAUGGAUCUUCUCUUGGGUAUUUUGGCUUUUAUCGGUUGGGCCACUGUUCAAAUCCAUGACAAGCCGUUCCUUUCCGUUUUCACUCAGCUUGCCAUUUCUUUGGUUUCUGAACUUGGUCUUGCCAGACCCGUUCCCAAGGACUCGCAGAUGGGGCUAUGCGGUAUGCCCAAGCUUUCAAGGCCCACGACUCCUCGUACAAUGGAGGAACGCAGAGCUGUGCUUGGUUGCUUCCUGAGUACAUCAAUAGUAUCUUCCUUUCUCCAGAAGACCGAUGCACUCCGUUGGACGCCACACAUGGAAGAGUGUCUUGUUAUCUUGGACGAAAAGAAAGAGUGUCCCAACGAUGCAAUUUUGGUACAACAAGUACGGUUGCAAUUGAUAGUUGAGAGCCGCAUGCCGCUUGAACGAAGUCUCUUGGAUUUGCAAAAUCUCAAGACGAGUCUUGUCUCUGCAUCUCAUAUAAGUGACGUGGUGCUCUUGCAUUUGUACGGCGCUGAGUUGGACGUCAUACUUUCAGAGUUUCUUCACACUAAUGAAUUGACCCUGGAGCAGUGGCAAUCCCUUGAUGUGGCCCUUGAGUCGAUUAAGUCCUGGUUCAAUGUCUUUUUUACGAUACAACCCCUCGCCUACCUUGGACUUUCUCACUUCAUCUUUUUGCAACUGACCCGCUGCAUAAUGAUACUCUACCGGCUCAAGACUCUUGACGAUUCAACGUGGGCGGAGAAUCAUGUCUGGAAGACGGACGAAGCACUGCAAGUCUUGGAUCGAGUUCUCAACAACAUGGAGCAAGUGACGUUUCUUGGUGGAUUCGACAACACUGAUUGUCCCGACGGAGACGUCUUUACUCGAACAGCACGUAUGUUUCGAUCCCUUCGACCGGCGUGGGAAACAAAGCGAAAUUCGGUUCAGAGCAAGUCAUCUCCGCAGUAUAUUGAUGAUCUGAUUCUUCCGGAUUUAAUUGGCACGGAUAGUUUUGACAUUGACUGGUUUACGGAUUUGUUUCUUUCACCCAAUCAAUAACGCUGGAUCCAUCAGUAUUGGUUUGGUG